CGAGCCCCGCCGCAGCCGCCGCGGGGGUCGCGGUGUCCCCGCCGCGUGUCGCGCUGUCACCUCCCCCCCACCAUGUGUCCCCUCGGUUGUCACCCCGCGGGGCUGCUGAGCAAUGGCGGGGGCGGGGCGCGCCCUUCUCAGGAGUGUGGCAACACCAGCGGCAACUUUCUUCCUUCCUUCCUCCCUCCCUCGCCGCCGCCCGCAGCGCCCGGAGCCGGGGGUCCCACCGGGAGCGGGGGUGCCAGAGGAACCGGGGGUCCCAGAGAGCCGGGGUGCCACAGGAGCCGGGGGUGUUACAGCGGAGGCAGGGGCGUCACAGGAGCCCGGGGGUCGCACCGGAGCCGGGGGUGUCACAGGAGCCGGGGGUCCCAGCGGAACCGGGGGUCUCACCGGAGCUGAGGUCGCACCGGAGCCGGGGGUGUCACAGGAACCGGGGGUCCCAUGGGUGAGCGCUGCCCGGGGACCCCGCGCACGGCCCGGAGGGGACACGGAGCGCCUGGCACGGCCGGUGCCACCGGGAGGGGUCCCCAAGGCUCGGGGGGCGCGGGCAGGGGGCGCGGGGGUCUCCGGGUGGCCGCCCUCAGCCUCGCCCUCCUCUUCCUCCGCGCAGAGGCCGAAGGCUUCGCCCUCUGCCACGCGCCCGCGCUGCAGACCAAGGUGUUCCAGUACCGGCUGUGGGACGUGAACCAGAGGUCGCUGUACCUGCGCGAUGACCAGCUGGUGGCCGGGCACCUGCAGGGCGCCAACGCCGCGCUGGAAGAGAAGGUGUUCUGGGUGCCCAACCGCGCCCUGGAGCCCGCGCGGCUGCCGGUGAUCCUGGGCAUCCGGCACGGCUCCCGCUGCCUGCGCGCCGAGCGCGGCCCCGCCGGGGAACCGCGGCUGCGCCUGCAGGACGUGGACAUCCGGGAGCUGCCCCGCGCCGGUGACAGCGCGGCCGCCUUCACCUUCUUCCGCUCCUACCGGGACGGGCUGUGGCGCUUCGAGUCGGCCGCGCACCCCGGCUGGUUCCUGUGCACGUCCCCGCGCGGCCACCAGCCCCUGGCGCUCUGUCGCCACCGCGAUGUCACCUCCAACCUGCUCGACUUCUACUUCCAGCUCUGCUGAGCGCCCCCGGCCCCCGCGCGGGGACACCCGAGCCCCAGGGUGGUGGCAUCUUCCUAGGGAGGGUGGCAUCCCCCCCAGGAUGGUGACAUCCCUCUGGGGAGGUGCCAUCCUCCCCAGGAUGGCGACAUCCUCACCCCAGGGACGGUGACAUCCUCACCCACGGAGGGUGACAUCCUCGCUCCUCGGUGACAUCUUCCCCAGGAUGGUGACAUCCAUCCGGGACCGUGCCAUCCCCUUGGGGACAGCGACAUCCCCCUGGGGACAGUGCCAUCCGCCCUCGCGGUGUGGUGCCGCCUCCCCGGGGCGGUGCCAUCCCCCUGGGGACAGUGACAUCCCCCUGGGGACAGCGACAUCCCCCUGG